CUGGGGGGCUAUGAGCAAGUCCACACCAGCCCGCCGCCUCUCACCGCGGGCAACUUCAGAGUAGUAGAGAGUCCAGCCUCUUUCAAGGAGUUGUGUUCCAGAGUCCAAGCUGUGCGGGGAGACGAGCUCAACUAUCUCUAGUCGGUAUCUCUCAACCUCCCACACCAGCUCAGGCUCCUUGCCUCCCAGCGAGGUGACAUUCCAUGUCCCUAGAGCCAGAUUCCGUGUCCGGGGAUUGGGUCGCCGAGGACCCCGCCUUCGACUGUCACCCAAUCCACAUUGCACCAGCCCCUUAAAGUUCCUCCUGCAGGUGGUGGGCCCACAGGAGAUCGGCCCCACAUCACUCCUUUUGGCUAAGCCCAGCUGGGCCCCUUGGGGUAAGACCCGGCCAUCAGGCGCUUGCAUGCGAGCCCCAUAUAGUGCACUAGAUAGGGUGCCUACAUUAAGAGACAUUUGCAUCUUCUUCACUUCACAGGAACAGGACAAGACGAGGUACGCUGAAGAGAAGCUAGAGGAACUGCAGGAGAAAGUUGACUCCAACUUCAAAGAUGUCUUACUCCAAAAAGAUCAGGAACUGCAGGCAGAGAAGGAGACCAACGAGCAUCUACAGGAUGAAAUGAAGCUCAUGGAAAAACAGAUAAUGCAGUUCUGGAAGGUAAAAGGAGAGAUUCAGGAGCAGUGCCUUGACCUCAGUCGGCUCGAGGCUAAGGUUAUGGAGAUAAAUGUCAAGGACAAGGAGACCAUUGAACACCUCCAGCAAAACGUAAAAAAACAGGAAGAAGAGCUGUGCAUAGAAAGGAAGCAGGUCAGAAACAUGAAGGCUCUUGUGCAGAGGAUGAAGGCCGACAUCAAAAACUGCUCUAGUUUUGUCGACCAGCCGCACCAGCUGAAGGCAAACUUCAUCAGACUCAAUAAGUCCUACAACCAUAAACCAGAUAUGAGAUUCAGGGUGAAGUUUGCAGUCGUUCAAGAGAGCAGGCAGAAGGAAGAGCUGCAAAGUCCAGCGGUUUAAAACAAACAGCAUUUAAAAUGAGACACAUCAUUGUGAAAACUUGGUUUAAAAGAAUGUGUACUUUAUUUCUAUUUCAGCAUCAGUGAGGGACUCACUGAAAAGUGGAAGAAGCUCCGUGACCCUGUCCAAGUCGCCAUACAUUAGCAGCCAAAUGCCAAAGCUGGAUAUUCUUAAAAUCAUGGAUCUUCCACCCAUAAACACUAGAAACAUUCAGUGAUUGCCGGGGAGGUGUCGAACACUCGGAUGUACAGUAGGAUAUAGUGGGAGGGCUCUGAGCUAUCCGGGAGUGUUCCACUGAAAACCACCGAUCAUAAGCUGUGGAAAAGAAAUAAAUAAUUAAUAAUACAUUUCAAAUAAAAGCUUUGAAAAUAAAAAUUA